GGCUCCAGCUGCCAGCCUCCUGUGGCCCCUCAGGCCACCUGCACAAGAAAUUCCAAGGGUGCAUUGGUCCCACUGCCAGUACCAUGGCCUACAGUGCUAGGCAGCCCCUCAGUCUCUGCCACUCAAAGUUCUCCUCCAGAAAUCCUUCCCAGAUAGUUCUGUUCCAGCCUGGGGCAAUGUCCCCAUGACCCUCAUGGCACUGCUGGCUUGGCAUGUCAGCUAUGUUACCUUCCUACUUCUGAUGGUCUUGAGUAUGCUGGGGUACUGGCCCACUGGCUACCUUCCCACCAUGUUCUCAGGACACAGCUCAGGAUCCAGUACAACCCAUACCUCCAGCCUGGGUGGAGCCCUCAUGCCAGGCUGCCUCUCACUGCCCUAGCCUGACCCUCUACCCACUGGCAGCACAGUUAACACAGCAGUUUGGCUCACAGCAGAGGGCAAAGGCCAUCAUCAGCUCCCUUUAUAAGGGAACAGUCACACACUCGGUAUGCUGAGAGUAUCCUGCUUGGUCCUCUGUGCCUGGUGGGGUGGGGGUGCCAGGUGUGUCCAGAGGAGUUCAGUGGGCAGCAAGGCAGCCAUGGGACUGGAUGCACUGGUGCCCCUGGCUGUGACAGUGGCCAUCUUCCUGCUCCUGGUGGACCUGAUGCACCGGCGCCAACGCUGGGCUGCACGCUACCCGCCUGGCCCCAUGCCACUGCCCGGGCUGGGCAACCUGCUGCAUGUGGAUUUCCAGAAUACACCAAACUGCUGCAGCCAGCUGCGGCGCCGCUUUGGGGAUGUGUUCAGCCUGCAGCUGGUCUGGACUCCAGUGGUCGUGCUCAACGGGUUGGAGGCUGUGCAUGAGGCGCUGGUGACCCAGGGCGAGGACACCGCCGACCGCCCACCUACGCCCAUCAACCAGGUCCUCGGCAUUGGGCCGCGCUCCCAAGGGGUGUUCAUGGCUCGUUAUGGUCUCGCGUGGCGCGAGCAGAGGCGAUUCUGCGUGUCCACCUUGCGCAACUUGAGGCUGGGCAAGAAGUUGCUGGAGCAGUGGGUGACCAAGGAAGCUGCCUGCCUCUGUCUCGCCUUCAACAACUAUGACGGACGCCCCUUCCGCCCCAACGAACUCCUGGACAAAGCAGCGAGCAACGUAAUUGCCACCCUUACCUGCGGGCACCGUUUCGAGUAUGACGACCCUCGCUUCCUCAGGCUGCUGGACCUAGCGCAGGAAGGAUUGAAGGAGGGGUCGGGCUUCCUACCCCAGGUGCUGAAUUCCAUCCCUGUCCUCCUGCGCAUCCCGUGGCUGGCUGGCAAGGUCUUACGCUCCCAAAAGGCUUUCCUGGCCCAGUUGGAUGAACUGCUGAACGAGCACAGGAUGACCUGGGACCCAGCCCAGCCACCCCGAAACCUGACUGAUGCCUUCCUGGCAGAGAUGGAGAAGGCCAAGGAGAACCCCAAGAGCAGCUUCAAUGAUGAGAACCUGCGUAUGGUGGUGGCUGACCUGUUCUUGGCUGGGAUGGUGUCCACCUCGAUCACGCUGGCCUGGGGCCUCCUGCUCAUGAUCCUUCACCCAGAUGUGCAGCGCCGUGUCCAACAGGAGAUCAACGACGUGAUAGGGCAGGCGCGGCCACCAGAGAUGGGUGACCAGACUCGCAUGCCCUACACCACUGCCGUGAUUCACGAGGUGCAGCGCUUUGGGGACAUUGUUCCCAUGAAUAUGCCCCACAUGACAUCCCGAGACAUUGAAGUACAGGGCUUCCUCAUCCCUAAGGGGACAGCGAUCUUCGCCAACCUGUCAUCAGUGCUGAAGGAUGAGGCCAUCUGGAAGAAGCCUUUCUGCUUCUACCCCGAACACUUCCUGGAUGCCCAGGGCCGCUUUGUGAAGCCAGAGGCCUUCCUGCCUUUCUCAGCAGGCCGCCGCGCAUGCCUCGGGGAGCCCCUGGCCCGCAUGGAGCUCUUCCUGUUCUUCACCUGCCUGCUACAGCGCUUCAGCUUCUCUGUGCCCGCCGGACAGCCCCGGCCCAGUAACUUGCCUGUCGGUGGCUUUCUGGUGUAUCCUUCCCCCUACCAGCUUUGUGCUGUGCCCCGCUAGAGUUGGGCAUCAAGCCCCUGACUUGUGCCUCUUGUACAAUAAAUUAGUCUAGAGGCUCCCACUUGGUUACUGAAUCCAGUUUGGGCUCUUGCCAAGGCCCUGGUUGUGUUGAGUCAUCUGUCACCUGCUUGAUGUCAGUGCUCAUCCCCACCUCAUUCUCUUUUUUUUUGGAUACACACUCUGUCUCUGUCAUCCAGGCUGGAGCGUGGUGGUGACAUCUCAGCUAACUGCAACCUCCGCCUCUUGGGUUCAAGCAAUUCUCGUGCCUCAGCUUCCCAAGUAGCUGGGAUUACAGGCAUUCACCACCAUACCCCGUUUAUGUUUGUCGUUUUAGUAGGCUUAGGUUUCACCAUGUUGGCCAGGCUGCUUUCAAACUCCUGAUCUUAGGCGAUCCACCAGCCCCAGCCUCUCAAGAUUCUGGUAUUAAAGGCAUGAGCCACCA